AUGGCAUCUUCUUCCAGCCUGCCGGUCUUGGACGACCCCAUCAUCUCGGAUAGGGACAGUCCGGAAGCCACUGCUAGUCCGGCAGCGGCGGACGAUACGGAGGUCACUGGCAGUUCAGAGGCGCCCCAGGCUUCUGACAAGCCAAGCGGAUCCUCCAAUGGCAAGUCCAGACAGAGAUCUCGCUCAGGCUGCUUCACCUGUCGGGUGAGGAGAAAGAAAUGCGACGAGUUUCGUCCAAACUGCGCCGCAUGCACUAAGCUUGGGCUGAGGUGUGAAUACCGGACUCCUCAGUGGUGGGCAACGGUGGAGAUGCGCAAGAGGCAGAAGGAGAGGAUAAAGCAGAGAAUAAGGCAGACCAAGAUCAUGGAGAAGGAGGGUGGGCUUCAAGAGUAUCGGGAUCGGAUUUCAGCACUCGCCCGGCGCCCUCCUGUCAAUGCGCCCCCUCGCACCCCCCGCCCCGCGUUCGCAGAGCUCCCCAGAGCUGUCAGUCAGUCUCUCCCAACACCCGUCAGCCCCGGUGAUGACCAGUUGAAGUCCCAGCAGGAUGCCGUGCUUCAGAGCAUGGGUCUGGGUUCGUCCCCGACCUUGCCUCAAGGCACUUCGUCCGUUCCGGUCAACACGUUCACAUUACCCAUCCUGGGGUCUUCCUCACACACUUCAGCACUUCCUCCCACUCCGACGUCGGCGCUCUCGACUCCGUCUUUCCCCCAGUCCCCGGCUUAUCCCCACGCUUGGUCCAUGAUGUCGAGUCCAGCUAUGCCGACGUCUGCGUCUUCCGGUCUUUCGCAUCUGCCUCCCUCAACCCCUCUCCUCUCCAGCACUGAGUGGAGCCAGCCAAGUCUCAGUCCAGUACAGUCAAGUUCGCAGCAGUCCUUCAACCCUGUGGACGGUGGUGCUCCACUGUUCGGAGGUGCCCAGAAGCCUCCUCUAUCAGAGACCUUGCGCAGCUUGAUUUCGGUAGGAGACCGUGCCCUUCCACUUCUCGACCACUUCGCCGACCAUGUUGUGCAUCUCGUUUUCCCCAUCCUCGAAGUGAGACCCGGUCCUGCUUUGCAUACCAAGGAAAUCCUCGACUUGAUGCAGACUAACAAGUCCUAUCUCCACUGCUGCCUGAGUGCAUCUGCGAUCCACCUGAAGAACAGUCUCCGCCUCGACGACCAAAUGGAUCAUGACAUUAUGGAGCAUCGUUUCACCGCAAUCAACUAUCUCACUGAGAUGUUGGACAACAGCACCGGCCACUCACAGGUAAUGGAUGCGACACUCGGUCUGAUCUACUAUCACUCGUCGGUUGCCACCACGGAAGACUACUUGUCCGACAUCCCUUGGAGCUACCACUUCCAGGGUGUCUCGAACCUCAUCAAGAAGCUCAACUGUGCACCCAGUCCCAUGAAUAUCACACUCGUUGCUUGGGUAGAUAUCCUUGGAGCUACAAUGAUUGGUAAAACGCCCCAGUUUUCCCACACUUAUCGCCAAAAGCACAUGUGCGGCAUAAGCUCUGGGCUGCAGCAUAUGAUGGGUUGUGAUGAUCGCCUCAUGUACCUGAUUUCGGAGAUUGCGUGUCUCGAGUCCCUGUGGAAUAGCGGAGUCAUUGAUGAGCAGUCACUAUUCCAGCAUGUUUCGGCCAUGAAUGACCAGAUAAACUGGACAGAGGCCACCGAGUCCCCAAUUGGGGCACUUUACGAUGUUAGCGGGGCCAUCCAGUCAGAAGAGUUGGCCAAGCUUGUGACAGCCAUCUUCCGUAUCGCUGUUCGCCUUUACCUGCACAGCCUCCUUCCCAAUUUCGACAGCUACGACGCGACCGUCUUGAGCUGGGUUGCAGCUAUGGGUGAUCUUCUGCAGACUAUUCCGGCCGGGCCUAGUGGCUUUGAUCGCUGCCUGGCCUGGCCUUUGUUCAUCGCGGGUCUGUACUCCGCUCCUCCCAGUCUCUUCCGGAAGACCCUGGCAGAGAGAGUUGCAGCACUGCGGUUCCUAGGCGACUUUGGGAGUAUUGGUCGGAUGUAUCAAGUCCUGAAGGAGGUCUGGAGGCUUUCAGACGAGACUGGUCGUAUUCCUGGAAGCGGUACCAGGCCUCCCAAGAAGCCGACCAAUUCCAUUCUCAAUGAUACCGCCACUCAUCCAUCACAGCUGAUGCAGCGGGUGCAGGAAGUCGAGGAAGCCGGGGAUCUCGAAGGGCAGGAAGCCGACGAGUUGGAGCAACAGGAAGUGGAGGAGCCCCAGCAGGAGUCCAAGUAUAUCCACUGGCGAGAGGUCAUGCGGAGUAGGAAGUGGGAAUACCUACUGCUCUAG